UUGUACUAAUUUGGAGACGUGCAAUCGAAUAUAUGAGUUAUUGUUUAUAUAAUAAGUUUCGUUGUGUUGAUUUUAAAUGCAGAUGUGAAUAUAAACGAGUAAAUCAUAGCAUUUUUCAUAAAAAUAGCUAAGAGAGUAAGCACCCAACAACAAUUGCAUAUAUGCAUGGGAGUAUAUAUAUAUAUGUAUGUAUGUGUAAGCAACAAGGCUGAUUAAGAAAAGUAAAUCAACUAAAAGUUCAAGUUAAAAGUUAAACAAAUUGUACUUAGAAGCGCAACAAUUUAAAAACAAACCACCCUCUACAAAAUGGAAGCAAUUGCCAAACAUGAUUUCUCUGCUACUGCCGAUGAUGAACUUAGUUUCCGUAAAACUCAAAUUCUAAAGAUAUUAAAUAUGGAGGACGACUCAAAUUGGUACCGCGCCGAGUUGGAUGGGAAAGAAGGGCUUAUACCCAGUAAUUAUAUAGAAAUGAAAAAUCACGACUGGUACUAUGGACGCAUAACACGUGCCGAUGCGGAGAAGCUGCUGUCAAAUAAACAUGAAGGCGCCUUUUUGAUACGCAUCAGCGAAUCUAGUCCCGGCGAUUUCUCCUUAUCCGUCAAAUGUCCUGAUGGGGUCCAGCAUUUUAAAGUACUACGGGACGCACAGAGCAAAUUUUUUCUCUGGGUUGUCAAGUUCAAUUCCCUCAACGAAUUGGUCGAAUAUCAUCGAACGGCGAGCGUAUCGCGAUCACAGGACGUAAAAUUACGUGAUAUGAUACCUGAAGAGAUGCUCGUUCAGGCGCUAUACGAUUUUGUGCCACAGGAAUCUGGUGAAUUGGACUUUAGACGCGGAGAUGUCAUCACCGUUACAGAUCGUUCUGAUGAGAAUUGGUGGAACGGCGAGAUCGGCAAUAGGAAAGGCAUUUUUCCAGCAACCUAUGUGACGCCAUAUCAUUCAUAAUAUUGUUCACCCCAACACACACAUACAUAAGCAUAAAACAUAAUUCACACCCUAUACUAUGAAAUACCAAUUUUAAAUACAUAUUAUUAUAUGUACUGUUCAAUAAUACGACAUGAGCAUUGCAUAUAGAAACAUAUUGUAUAAACUGUAAGCAUAACAGCCGAAUGCAUUUUUUACGUCAUUGACAA